AUGUCGAAGAUCACAGUCGCUAAUGUCCGGACGCAAGUCUCGGAGCUCCUUGAGUACUCCAACGAGACCAAGAAGCGCAACUUCCUCGAGACGGUCGAGCUCCAGAUCGGCCUCAAGAACUAUGACCCCCAGCGUGACAAGCGUUUCUCCGGCACCAUCAAGCUGCCCUCGGUCCCCCGCCCCAACAUGGCCAUCUGCAUCCUGGGUGACCAGCACGAUCUCGACCGUGCCAAGCACGGCGGUGUCGAUGCCAUGUCGGCCGAUGACCUGAAGAAGCUCAACAAGAACAAGAAGCUCAUCAAGAAGCUUGCUCGCAAGUACGAUGCCUUCAUCGCUUCCGAGGCUCUCAUCAAGCAGAUCCCCCGUCUCCUGGGUCCCGGUCUGUCCAAGGCUGGCAAGUUCCCCACCCCGGUCUCGCACGCCGACGACCUGAGCGGCAAGAUCACCGAGGUCAAGUCCACCAUCAAGUUCCAGCUCAAGAAGGUUCUCUGCAUGGGUGUCGCCGUCGGCAACGUCGGCAUGGAGCCCGAGCAGCUGGUCGCCAACGUCAUGCUGGCCAUCAACUACCUCGUCUCCCUCCUCAAGAAGGGCUGGCAGAACGUUGGAAGCCUGACCAUCAAGGCUUCCAUGUCUCCCCCCAAGCGCCUGUACUAA